CGUCAUUGACCCACGCCCUGGUGACGUGCUGACAUCACGAGGCCUGGUUGGAAAGAGGAAGAAGAAAUAACAACAACAGCAGUUCUGCUGGGCGAGUGACAGCGAGAGAGAAAAUUACGAGACUAGUUGAAUCCUGUUAAUUGCCAUAGAAUUUGUAAUAUCAGUUGCUUUUAUUAUUCAGCGCAAAUAUGUCUUUGUUGGGGAAGUUAUUUGGCGCUGGAGGUAAAGGUGGGAAAUCUGCUAGCCCUCAGGAGGCGAUCCAGCGACUUCGAGACACUGAGGAAAUGUUGACGAAGAAACAGGACUUUUUGGAGAAAAAGAUUGACCAGGAACUCAUUACUGCGAAGAAGAAUGGAACAAAAAAUAAAAGAGCUGCUCUGCAGGCAUUAAAACGGAAGAAGCGGUACGAGAAGCAGCUGGGCCAGAUCGAUGGCACGCUGUCCACCAUCGAGUUCCAGAGGGAGGCGCUAGAGAACGCCAACACCAACACCGAAGUGCUGAAGAACAUGGGCUUUGCUGCCAAGGCCAUGAAGGCAGCCCAUGAAAACAUGGACAUAGACAAAGUGGACGACUUAAUGCAGGACAUCACAGAGCAGCAGGAGCUGGCACAAGAAAUCUCUGACGCUAUUUCUAAACCCGUAGGGUUCGGAGAGGAAUUUGAUGAAGAUGAUCUCUUGGCGGAAUUGGAAGAACUGGAACAAGAGGAACUAGACAAAAACCUGCUAGAAAUCGCAAGCACAGAGAAUGUACCGCUGCCAAAUGUACCCUCUACAUCCUUACCUGCAAGACCAGCAGUACAGAAGAAGCAAGAGGAAGACGAGGAUGACAUGAAGGAUUUGGAGGCAUGGGCCGCCAACUAGCCACUGCUGUUACUCCAUAGCUGCUAUAGGUGGAAAAGAAAGACUAUGGUUUAGUGUGAUGUGUUUGAGACUUAAAAAAAAAAAAAGACUAAACACAGCUUGACAACCUUUCGCUUACUGUCAAGCUCAAUCUCCUAUAGAGGGGCAAUGGCAUAUUGUAACUUUCUCCACCAAAAGCCCCAAAUCUCUGGAGCAACCAAACAGAAAAGGCUAAUUUAAAAAUGUGUUUUUCUGUGCAUCCCUCACCUUGUUUUCAUCUGUAACGCAUUGUUGCAUUUCCUCCUUCUCUUAGCCCACAAAAUAUAUUUUGAAGAGAAAGUAUAAAAAUGACUCCUCAAAUCCUCCAUGAAGAAUUUCUAAUACCUCAUACCGUUAAUGUGUAGUGCAACAAGAUAUUACAAUAUUCUGUAUUCUUUUUUGUUGUUUAUACACAAUAUCAGUCAUGUGUUCAAAUGGCAAUCAGCUGUUCUUGAAUCUGUUUGUAAAAAUAUGCACUUAAAAUACACCUAUUUUACAUGAUAUUUAUUAAUAUCAAUUUCCAGCGUGGAGAAUUUGAUUCCCAUUUGCAGGGCUGUUGGGUUUAAAUGAGCUUUUGGCUGGAUUUAUUGAACUAUAUCAUGAGUAUCCUUCCAGAUACUCUGGCUUUCACACAGGCAGAUAACUAUGAGGAAAACUCCACAUGGUGUCCUUGAAAUUCUUCUCUGCGUAAUGGUUCACACGUAUCUUUGAAGUGAAUGAAUCUAACCGAACCUACAACUAGUUACAUUUUGCAAACACAAUGACAAUUCUCUUGAAAUAUGUUUGUGCUAUAUCUGUUCUGGUUUGUGUAACUGAAGUGACUGUGUGAGUGACAGUAUGCGCACCUCUAUGAGGUUGUUUGUUCAUUUUCAUCUUUAAGAGACAUUAACACUAGAGGAGGUUUUAAAAAGUUGUUUAUUAGGGUUUGGCUUUUCAGAGUUAUGUAUUUUUUUGUUUAAUGAUAUGCUGUUGUGUGUAGGAAGAGAUAAUUGAUUGUAUUUAAACUCUAGGCAGUCAGGUCUAUUUAACAUCAUGUCUUUUCUGAGUUUGUGAACUUACCCCACUAUUUUAUAGUUCACCGUGGUGCUUGAUGUUUUCAAAUUUAAAUGUUUCUUCUUUCUUUUUUUCUGUCUAAAUUUAACUAAUGUGGUAUGACUGCAUUUGUUAUGUCUGACAUGGUCUGUGUGUUUGUAUAAGGGGCUGUUUUUUGCAGUCUGGUUCCUAUUUUUGUUUGGUCUGUCUUCCUACCCUGCCUAUCACAACUUGCCCUUGUUCUAAUGGUAUGCCUAAAUUAAACCUUUUGACAAACGUG